UAAGUAGCGCAUAUAAUCCCGAAAACCCUAAUUUUCCACUGUCUGCUUCCAUCGCCCAGGUUUUCUCUCAGAUUUAACAUCUAGGGUUUCUUCAUCUUCGCCGAUCAAUGGCUCCACCUAAAGGUGAUGUUUCAAAGAAGGCCGAUCCCAAGGCACAGGCCUUGAAAGCUGCUAAGGCAGUGAAGUCGGGCACUGCCAUCAAGAAGAAGGCAAAGAAGAUCAGGACAACGGUUACAUUCCAUAGGCCAAAGACUUUGUCAAAGGAGAGGAACCCCAAAUACCCUCGCAUCAGUGCUACUCCAAGGAACAAGCUUGAUCAUUAUCAGAUUCUGAAAUAUCCUCUCACCACCGAGUCUGCAAUGAAGAAGAUUGAAGACAACAACACUUUGGUUUUCAUUGUUGAUUUGAGAGCCGACAAAAAGAAGAUCAAGGAUGCAGUGAAGAAAAUGUACGACAUCCAGGCCAAGAAAGUUAACACCUUGAUCAGGCCCGAUGGCACCAAAAAGGCCUAUGUAAGGUUGACACCUGAUUAUGAUGCUUUGGAUGUUGCAAACAAGAUUGGAAUUAUUUAAGUUUAUGGCUGGCUUCACCAAAGACAAUUUUUCUUUAGAUGUUAGUCUUUUCAUGGUGAUCACUGUUGGAUACUUUUUUAUGCGAAGUUUAACUCUGGAUUUUGUGUUUUGUUAUUUGGUGUAUUUUAGUUCUGUUGCAAUUAAAUUUGGUUGUUUACAAUUUCAAAUUUGAUGAGUAAAUUAGAUCAUUAUUGAUGUUUGUUAUUA